AGGAGAGGGCUGCGAGAGAAAAACAGCGUGUAUACAGUGUGGACAGGCUCUCUUGGUUUACACUUUUUGGACACGGUGAGAGCUGAGGGACGCACUUGACGCUUGGAUCGGAAGGCUACUGGUUUUACACUGCGGAGAAUAGCCAGCAGCAUGUCUGGAUUCGCGACUGGAUGGAUAACGGUUGUGCUUGAAAGGGAGAACUCCUCAAACUAGUUGUUUUUUCUUCUUCCGGGAGAUCCACUUUUUGGGUGGUUUGAUGGUGUGCCAAAGGUGUACCACACCAACGCGUUAAUCGCCAUCUGCGAAUUGAAUAUGACGCUUUUGGAUAGAUAAUAGCCCAGAUAAUGGGCGGGAGGGAGAAUGUGUCCAAAAUAUCAAAACCAAGGAGUCCUGCGUACCACAGAUGAGAGAGAAGAGAGCCAGACGGUUUGAUUGUAGUAAGGCGAGGAAAAGGUUUAAUUCUGGUAAAAAAAAGGUGGAGAACGUGGCGCCGGAAACACCGGGCUGGAAGUCUCUUGAUAGAAGACUCUACCUGGAGUGCAACACGCGAUAAGACUACAUGUUUUUUUUUAACAUAGUAUACACGUUGGGCGCAACAAACAAACAAAUAAUUCCGUAGUUAUUUCAUUACUUUACCCAUGGGCAGUUUUACACAGUCGCCCUGGCAGCAUUUUGGAGAAAUAACUUUGGAGAUCCACUCCGACAUAGAAGAAGCAUAUCAUCCACGGGGAUACCAAAGGAAACCUGAACCUCGCUGUAUGGACCUUUUUAACUUUGAUCGUUUUUACACAUUGAAUCUGAACCCACUUUUUGUUCCACUUGAAGACCGCUCUCCACCGACGCUGAUCUGAUGUUAAUGAACAUGAACAUAACCACGUGGUCCCAAACUUGACAUUUUGACCGAUUUGUUUUUCUUGAUUCCUCUAUUCUCCUUUCCCCCCCACCCCUUUCCCCUUAAAAUUGUAAUUCUGAAUCCAGAAGUGGCUCCGAAGUGGUGUUGCGGCUCCUCGCCCGCAGCGGAUCCGGAGCUGGGAGUGUCUGCAGCGGGAGGAGCUGGCGGAGGACCCCCUGCAUCACCGCAGGGACCAAAGACCGGUCAGGUGAAAAGGAUGGUUCGAUUGGCGGCAGAACUCUUGUUGCUUUUAGGACUUCUACUUCUUACCUUACAUAUCACGGUGUUACGGAGCAGCCCGUUGCACCAAGGGAAUUUUACUUUGAGCCAGGAUCAGCAGGAUACGUUGCUCGCAGAGAAUAAUGUCAGAGAAGAGAGCAGUUCAUCAGCCCACCAGGGCCCAGGGGAGCGGAGAGGACCAGAGCACCGGUCAGCCCAGAGGCCUGCUGCCCUCCCUUGGGCCCAGAGUCAGGCUACCGGAGGCAGCCUGCAGAAAGACGGGCCGGGGGCCUUCCUCCUGGACCUCAGCAACUUCCCUGACCUCUCCAAGGCUGAUAUAAACAGACAGAACCCCAACAUACAGGUGACCAUAGAGGUGGUGGACGGUCUAGAGGCAGCAGAGCCUGAGAAAGGCCUUGAAGAAAGAGAACAAACCAGGAUGGGCUGCUCCCAACUGGAGAAACUGGUGGAAAACCUCCUCCACCUCCUCCUCGGUCUCGACCCCCGCAGGCCCGAGGAGCAGGCGCCCUACAGGGGAGAAGGAGAAGAACGAGGGGGAGGUAAAGGAGGUGUUGGUAACACAGAGGAUAGUAACUUCCUAAAGCCACUUGGGGACUGGGAGAGGAGAGGAGGCACAGGAGGAGGAGGAGGAGGCACCAGCAAGGCUCAGACUGAAUAUGACUAUAUAGACGGAGAGGGUGACUGGAGUAACUGGUCUCCAUGCAGUGUAACCUGUAAGAACGGGAACCAGAAGAGGACCAGGUCAUGUGGUUACGCCUGCACUGCCACUGAGUCACGCACCUGUGACAUGCCAUCCUGUCCAGGUAUUGAAGAGGCGUUCAAGACAGCCGCCACUGAGGUCAGUCUGCUGGCUGGAACCGAUGAGUUCAACGCUACAGAGCUCUUUGGUGUCGACACGGACAGCUGUGAACGCUGGAUGAACUGUAAGUCUGAGUUUCUGAAGAAAUACAUGACCAAGGUCUCCAACGACCUCCCCAGCUGCCCCUGCUCCUACCCCACCGAGGUGGCCUACAGCACGGCCGACGUCCCCGACCCCACCACACGCCGGGACUUCCGCUGGAAAGACGCCAGCGGCCCCAAGGAGAAACUAGAGAUCUACAAACCCACGGCCCGGUGCUGCAUCCGCUCCAUGUUAACUCUAGAGUCCACUACUCUGGCCGCACAGCACUGCUGCUACAAUGACAACAUGAAGCUCAUCACCCGGGGUAAAGGAGCAGGAACACCCAACCUCAUCAGCAACGAGUUCUCUGCUGACCUCCACUACAAGGUCGACGUCCUGCCCUGGAUCAUCUGUAAGGGGGACUGGAGUCGUUAUAACCAGGUCAGGCCUCCUAACAACGGGCAGAAGUGUCCAGACAACCCCCUGGAUGAGGAUUACCACAAACAGGUGGAGGACGCUCGAGAGUUUUAGAACUGGAGAGAUGAACAUGAGAAAGAGGAGAAAGAGAGAGAGAAAAAAAACGAAAACGAUCUGAGAAAUGUUUAUGAAUCUGGUACUUCAAUUGGUGCUUCAAACCAUCCAUGAGUGUUUUUAGACUUUGGAACUAGGUGCCAUAUGAACAGGACUGUCUGUUGAUCAGCCAAAGUGAUGAAGAGACAACUCGGUGCCAUAUGAACAGGACUGUCUGUUGAUCAGCCAACGUGAUGAAGACGAGGAACUGUUCUCGUCUUCAUCAUAAUCACAGUCUAUUAAGUCAUGUCUUUAUUUCUAUGACAUAUCAAAUCAAAUUAUAUUCAAAGUCAAACUGUAUGAUGGAUUUUUGACAAAUAUUUUUUCUGAUAAUAAUUCUAUAAAUGUUUGGUUUAAAAGGGAUAGCUUGGUGUAGCUUCAUAAAAAGGGAAAAUUACUUUUCAUGUUUUAGAUUUGUAUUGUAAGUUUUUAGUUUGUUUCUGAUUGGCCAAAAGGAGAGCACAGGGAUUCUUAAUUGGCUGAAUGAUCAGAUCCAAAUCUCCAUGUUUUGAGUCGCACCCUCCUAACCUAUCAGAAUAGAGAGAGAGAGAUCCCUGACCUAUCAGAAGAGAGAGAGAGAGAGAGAGAGACAUCCCUGACCUAUCAGAAGAGAGAGAGAGAGACAUCCCUGACCUAUCAGAAGAGAGAGAGCGAGACAUCCCUGACCUAUCAGAAGAGAGAGAGCGAGACAUCCCUGACCUAUCAGAAGAGAGAGAGCGAGACAUCCCUGACCUAUCAGAAGAGAGAGAGCGAGACAUCCCUGACCUAUCAGAAGAGAGAGAGCGAGACAUCCCUGACCUAUCAGAAGUGAGAGAGAAAGAUAUCCCUGACCUAUCAGAAGAGAGAGAGACAGAGAAGAUCCCUGACCUAUCAGAAGCGAGAGACAGAGAGAGAGAUCCCUGACCUAUCAGAAGAGAGACAGAGAGAGACAUCCCUGACCUAUCAGAAGAGAGAGAGAGACAGAGAAGAUCUCUGACCUAUCAGAAGAGUGACAGAGAGAGACAUCCCUGACCUAUCAGAAGAGAGAGAGAGACAGAAGAUUCCUGACCUAUCAGAAGAGUGACAGAGAGAGACAUCCCUGACCUAUCAGAAGAGAGACAGAGAGAGACAGAGAAGAUCCCUGACCUAUCAGAAUAGGUCAAUUGUAACUGAGUGUAAAGGAGUCUUGUAACAUCCAGAAUCUACAGAGCGAUGGGUUAGCAUUCUGCUCAUUGGUAGCUGUAAUAUUCAGGUUAGCAUUCUGCUCAUUGGUAGCUGUAAUAUUCAGGUUAGCAUUCUGCUCAUUGGUAGCUGUAAUAUUCAGGUUAGCACUCUGCUCAUUGGUAGCUGUAAUAUUCAGGUUAGCAUUCUGCUCAUUGGUAGCUGUAAUAUUCAGGUUAGCAUUCUGCUCAUUGGUAGCUGUAAUAUUCAGGUUAGCAUUCUGCUCAUUGGUAGCUGUAAUAUUCCGGUUAGCAUUCUGCUCAUUGGUAGCUGUAAUAUUCCGGUUAGCAUUCUGCUCAUUGGUAGCUGUAAUAUUCCGGUUAGCAUUCUGCUCAUUGGUAGGUGUAAUAUUCCGGUUAGCAUUCUGCUCAUUGGUAGCUGUAAUAUUCAGGUUAGCAUUCUGCUCAUUGGUAGCUGUAUUAGCAUGCUGUUUUUCUUCUUCUUUACCCAAUCUCCCCUCUUCCGUAUCGAUUCCUCCCUCCAGAUCAUUAUCUCCGGUAUAAAAAACCCACGUUAUUUUUUGUAGAGUAUUUAUUAAACUGUAGAUUUAUGUCCCAAAAUGUUGGGUGUCCAUGAUCGUUGUCGUUGAUUGGUUUCUGACUAGAUGCUAACUUGAGAUGGGACCCGCACUCAAACGAAAUCAUCACGAUUGGCUUAAAUCGUUCAUUGAUUGAUAUUGAUCAGAGAUCUUUUUUUCAGCCAAAAACUUGGAUUGAGCCGCUCAUCUCAAGUUAGGAUUCGGCCCAAAAAAGAAAACAAGAAUAGGAAAUGUGUGAAUACAGCUGUACGGGAAAAAAAGAUUGUGAUAUAAAUGUUUAAAUAAAAAAUGUUUAAAUAAAAAACAUGAAGUAAAAUGU